CGCAGGGACAGCGCUCUGGGCCAGUAACCUUGGGGUUACCGGUUCAAACCUCGCCUCGCACCAGAAGGGUAAAUGGCGAUUCUGUCGCAGAAGACCACAAACUCCAAACUGGGAGAUCACAGCUGUUAUCCCGAGAGAUUACUGCCGGUAUCCUGGGGGAUUAUUUGCUCUAUCUAGAGAGGUUCGCCAGCUCUGUCCCGGGAAAUCGCCAGCUCUGACUCGCCCCGACACAGGAAAUCCUUCCUUCCGCCCGACCACGGACUGGGAGAUGCCAGGUUCUGACCCAGCCGGGCACCACCGGAGUUGACGGCACAGGCCGGGCUCUGCCCCGGGGCACGCUGUGCGUCAUUGGACUCGGGGCCGGAACGCGUCGGCCCUGAAGAUCCGAGCCAGACGCACUGCCCACCCGCUCCGCGCGUCGCUGUGACGGGCAGAGCCGGACAGUCUCGUCCCGUGGCUUUGAGUGCUUUUGAAAUUACUCACUUCAUCAUUUCCAGGCGUUUCUUUGGUAUUGCUGUAACCAGCCUCAUUUGAAACAGGCUCGGAUCUUGUCUGAAUUCCCUGGCAGCGUCCAAGGCCAGGUGGACGGGACAACCUGGGACAGUGGCAGGUCUACCGUCCCUAACUAUGGCAGGGGUGGAAAUGGAGAGCUUUGGGGUCCCUUCCCACCCAAACCAUUCGGGAUUCCAUGAACGGAAUGAAAACACCCCCCAGGCUCGGCACCGAGGGGCAUCUCCACCGCUUUUCUCUUCCUCCUCCUCCACCCGUGACGCACAGUGGAGGAAGAGGCGCAGAAACCCGAGCGGCGGCGCGCGGCGGUGACGCAUUUCCUGUCCCGAACCUGAAGAAGAGCUGGCACCCGCAGACGCUGCGCAAUGUGGAGAAGGUGUGGAAGGCAGAGCAGAAGCAUGAGGCCGAGAGGAGGAAGAUUGAGGAGCUGCAGCGGGAGCUACAGGAGGAGCGGGCGCGGGAGGAGAUGCAGCGCUACGCCGAGGACAUGGGCACCGUGCGGAAGCGUGAGGAGAAGCUGGAGUGGAUGUACCAGGGCCCCGGGGGGAUGGUGAACAGGGACGAGUACCUGCUGGGGCGCCCCGUGGACAAGUUCAUCCUGGACAAGGUUGGGGACAAGGACAGCGCUGGGGACACGGGGCUGCUGCCCGGCUCCAUCUUCGCCAGGGCCGGGGCCAGCUCCGUGCUGGACAUGGCCACCAAGAUCCGUGAGGACCCGCUCUUCAUGAUCAGGAAGAGGGAGGAGGAAAAGAAAAGAGAAGUUUUAAACAAUCCGGUGAAAAUGAAGAAAAUCAAAGCCUUGCUGCAGAACAGUUUGGAUAAAAAGGAGAGGAAGAGGAAGAAGGAGAAGAAGAAAAAGCACAAGAAGCACCGGCGGCGCAGCUCCAGCAGCUCCAGCUCCAGCUCUGAGGAGGAGAGGCCCAGAAUUAAGUCUCAGAAGAGGGUGGAUAAUUCCGUCUGGAAGGCUGCUCCUUCCAAAAUCCCGGGAUAUGGCUUACAGGUGAGGGACCCCGAGGCGGGGCUGCGCUCCCGGGGCUCCCCGGGCCAGGACAGGGCCCCCCGGGAGCGCUCCCGGAGCCCGUCCCGCUCUCCCCAGAGACAUUCCAGCAGGAGGAACCCCCAGAGGAGCUCAGCGUCCCCCUCCAGGCGCAGCAAACAGCACAGCAGCCGUGAGGAGAAGGGCAGAGCCAGGAGCCCUUCCCCCAAAAAGAGCUUCCGGCGCCAGCACCCCCCGGGCUACACCAGAAAGAUCUCUCCCGAGGAGCUGGAGCGAAAACGUCAGGAAAUGAUGGAAAAUGCCAAGUGGAGGGAAGAGGAGAGAGCCAACAACCUCAGGAAGCACCGCAAGGAGGAGGAGCUGGAGAAGGAGCUGGAGAAACUCGACUCCAGGGAUGGGAAAUUCUUCCAACAGGGUUGUGAUUUCUGUCUCUGCUCCUGUUCCCUGCAGCCGUUUGAAGCUGGAGAGUGCCUCCACCUCCAGCCUGGAGGAUCGGGUCAAGCGCAACAUCCACUCCCUGCAGAGGACUCCUGCUGCCCUGGAAAAGAACUUUAUGCAGAGGUGAAGCCUGUCCUGGCCCUACCCUGGGCAGGAGCUCAGUGGAUGUUUGUUCCCAGAGGUGAGAGCUCUCCAGGAACAAUUCCAGCUCCCUCAGAGGAUCCCGGAGCUGAGCCCUUGGAGCCCUCUGCAUUUGGGGCCUUUGUGUUCCAUUUCUAACCCAUUGCUAGAGCUUCUCCUCCUCUCCCCAUCCGGACUGGUGUCAUUUUUGUACAUUAUUACCAAGCUCUGCUUCCUCCUGUGCCAGAGCUGAAGAUCUACUUUUGUUAAUCCUUAAAAUCCAGAACAGAACCGAUGCACGUGUGAGGUAAUCCCAUGGAAUUUGACAGAACUACACCAACCCUGUUCCACACUGUCACCCUUUGCACCCACACCUCACAGUGGGGUGUCUGUGGCUGGCAUUUGGUGGCUCACAGAUUUAUUUCAUUGAUCUCUGACCAAAAUAAGCAGUUUCUGAGGGGGAAAAGGGGAAUGAGCAGAGCGUAGCUGACACAGCAAACAUUUCUCUGGGAUUUUGUAAUGUAAGUAAUGUCUAUAUGUACAGCAGUGUAGAUUUAUUUUACCUUUUUAAUUAAGAAACUUCACUGUCGUUUGUUAAA